AUGCCAUCUACAGACCAACAGCAGCAACAGGAGGUUGGCCCUGAGGACUUCACCGAUACCGACCCGGAAACGCAAGCCUUCCGAGUCCCUCCAAAUCAGAUGAUUAGGGAGGGUAUGGUCCCCACCGAUUUCCAAACCCAGCUUAUCAGCGAACUCGACCUUGGUAUGACCGGGAAACCUACUAUGGGUGAAUACGUUAUUGCCAACCCUAAUGACAGUUUCGGAUCGAGAGACGAGUUGUUGAGGAUCCUGACUGCCAUUAGAUUGGCCGCUAAGAUUGUGAGUAGGGAGAUUAACAAAGCUGGAGUAUCCACUCAAGUGUUGGGCUUGGCCAACAACACUAAUGUCCAAGACCUAAGUAUCGUCUUUAUUAUGAGCUUAAGCUCUCCUCCGUCCCCUCCUGAUACGAUACUAUUACAUCAUCAUCACUCUGAGGGACACGAAGCAGCCGGUCCGGCCAUACCUGCAGCCCCUCGGCUACCCCAAGAAGAACAACUUGUGGUUAUUCCGAUGAUGACGACGUCUGAGAGGAUCCCUACACCCCAACGACAAGUAUUGCCUAGUCGACCUCGAGGGCCCAUCCUACCACCAGCUCCUACUCAACAACAACCACUUAUGCCGACAGCAGCACAGAUGGCCGCCUUCAUGAAUGAGCGGUAUCUGGCAAGUCUACAACAGAAGUAUCACCAACAUCCGCCUUCACCUACUCCCAAGACCGAGUAUCAUCAACCAUCAAUCCGAGCCGAUCCUCCUAGACAGCCUCAACGACAAGAAACAAUAGAGUUCCCCGUCUUCACUGACCCGACUGAUCUGGCUGCCAAGCUGUUCAAGGAUGACGGAUCCUUCAGAAGGCUUCAUAUGGGCUCUCGUCGUCGUGACAGUCGCUGCUCCCUACAUCGACUGCUAGGGAGGGCUUGCAAGGGUAGGGGGACUCAAGUUGUCACAGAAUGCGAGUUCAAGGCCAAUUACGGUGUAUGGACCCUCGCCGGUCUGGACCGCAUCAAGAGUCUUCGGUCGAAGGGCUACACAAGCGCUCAAAUAUAUAGCGCAGUUGAAGCGGCCGCUGGUAUUGCACUACCAAUGCUUGAGAGGCUUCAAUAUCUUGAAGAUGCUCCUGGUAGUCGGAUCGCUAAGGCAUUGACAUUGCCAGGUAAGGCGGCGAGUGGUAAUGCCGUAAAGCAUCACAGAGGCCCCACCAAGGCCGAACUCAUGGCUAUAUGGGCGAUGUUAGAGGUACGUCAUCUGAAUGAGAGGGCAAGCGAAAGUGCGCUGUGA